UCUGUUCGAACUAGGGUUUCUUCUUGCCUACGCGUUUUCUUCCUUACCAAUCUCUCUCGAGAUUUAGUUCGACUUUUUCUAGGGUUUACAGAGAAGUAUUACAGAAAGAGAAAGUAAUGGCGAUCAUUAGGGUGCAACGUUGCAAAGACAAACCAUUCAUGAAAUUCGUCAAGUUUUUAGGUAAAGAUUCAUACGGCUCCGUCGAUCUCUACCGUCACACAAAGCACGACGGUUCAACCUCCUCCGACCGUCGGACUCGAAAGAAAGAGAGUUUCGAGUACUCUCCCAACUCAAAGGAUCGUGCGUGUGUUUAGCAAUUCUCUCCACGAAGGAUUAGACUCUGACGGAAACAGAGUCUUCGAGAUGCCUAUGAGGAUGAUGAUGUUCAACUUACAUUGUCGAAUUUUGGUUCAUAGUGAUUUUUCUCUCUAUGGAGACAUGAUGGAGAAAUGCUUCACUAUAUCUUCUGGUUGUUAAUUUAAUCAUUUACUGUGGGUGUCAUCAGAUAAUAAUAAGCCCCAUAGGAAUUUGAUUUGAUGAUCUGAAGAUAAAGAUGUAUAUAAUCGUCAACAAGUAAAUCUUCGUACGCGUUGCGUUAACAAACACUUCCAAAACAAGAAAUAGAAGGGUAAAAUCGUCAAUUUAAUAACAAACAAAGUUCCUUUUUCGACAUUGCAAUACUAGUUAGCGAGAGUCGAGCUAUCUAUAAAAACAGAAACAAAAAGUGAGAUCACCAGUUCUGUUCGUUACUACUAUUAUAACUCUUCUCUCUUUGGUCUAUGACUAUGAUCAAACUAGGUGUUUUCGUUGUCUUACUCGUUUUCUUUCUCGCGGGAGUUGUUACACUUUCUCAAGGGUUUAUAGAGACCAAUCACACAGAGAAAGCAAAAGUGUGGCGUUUCAGUGACAUACCAUCCAUGAAGUUCGUCAAGUUUCUAGGCAAAGGUUCAUACGGCUCCGUCCACCUCUACCGUCACACAACACACGAUGGCUCAACCUCCUUCAUCGCCGCGAAGAGCUCCUCGGACCGUCGGACUAUCCAAAGAGAGUUUCGAGUACUCUCCCAGCUCAAAGGAUCUCCUAGGAUCGUGCGAGUGUUUAGCAGCUCUCUUCACGAAGGACUCGACAGAAUCGGAAACAGAGUCUACGAGAUACCUAUGGAAUACGCUUCUGCAGGUACUCUUUCAAGUUUCAUCCGCGUUAACAAACAGUUGAAUGAUUCGACCGUCAAAGAUUUUACUAGGAUGAUACUUCAAGGUCUGGUCUCGAUUCAUAGUCACGGUUAUGUUCACUGCGAUCUUAAACCGGGCAAUCUCCUUCUCUUUCCGGUUUAUGAUCAGCAAACAUCGACUAAUCACACUUAUGAACUGAAGAUUGCGGAUUUUGGAUUGACGUUGAAGGAAGGAGAGGAAGAAUCUGAUAAUUGGAAGUACCAUUCUCCCUAUGUGGGAACUCCUGUCUACAUGUCUCCCGAGUCUGUCAGAGAUGGUACUGUCGGGAAAGCCCUAGAUUUAUGGUCCUUGGGUUGCAUUGUUCUCGAGAUGUACACUGGUAAGCGUCCGUGGUCAGAGGUUAGUUUUUAUGAUCUUGAAGAUUUUUUAGGGGAGGACAAAAAGGUACCUGAGAUUCCAGACACUGUGCCGUCUGAUGCAAGGCAGUUUCUGGACAAGUGUUUUGCAGUGAAACCUGAAGAUAGAGGAACCGCUUCUGAGUUGUUGUUGCAUCCGUUUCUGGUCGGAGAUGAUAAGAAGAUUGCUGAUGACACCACAGCACCGACGAAGAGAUGGAGGAGGAUGGGAAUCAUGAAACCUCCGGCUAAAUUGGAAGAUAGUGUUAUUAAAACCAAGGCAUUGAAGGUGAAGAUGAUUUCAUUCAAGAAAUCCCUAAAGCUGAAGAUUCCUCCUCCUAGACCUCCAAGUUCCACUUUUGUUCCCGUUCACUAGAGUUUACUGGAAAAGCAUUAGUUACCACUGUAACAAAUGUUGAAUCUUUUUUUGCAAUUUCUAUUUGCAUCUUUUAGUAUAAAAAAUUUAAUUGAUAUCAGUAUAAUUCAACAUUUUCUAUGUCCAGUUUAAAAGCCAAUACCACCCCAAGAACAAAACUACAGUUGUUUACUAGUAUUAAACGAUCAUAUCUGAAAAUAUGUUCUUAGACAAUAUAGUCAAUAGAGCUUUUUAAGUAGUUAAAAUCAAUAUUGCAAAGAAUCAUGUCACUAUAGUGCAAUAUGCAAAUUACAUGUAAAAUAUACUUAUAAAGCGCAACCAGUGUUGCUUGCUAGGCCUGAGCGUUCGGGCCCUCGGUUUCGGUUUGGUUGAUUCGGAUAUUCGGAUAUUUGGUGUUAUACUCAUAAAUCCCGUUCGGAUUUUACUAAUUAUCAAGUUGGGUUCGGUCCGGUUCCUUCCGGGUUCGGUUUGGAUCGGAUUUUAACCAAUGUUUGAAUAGUCCAAAAAUAUAUUUUUAAAACCUCAAAAAUUGAUAAAUUGUUUUUUCAAAAUAUAGAAAAUAUUCAUGAAUCUAAUUAAAAAUUAGUUAAACUAUCUAAAUUAACUAAAAAGUAUUCAAAAUAACAAAUAAAACAAACUACAAAAAUAUUUUGAAUACUCUAAAAUAUCUAAAUCACCUUAACAUAUAUAGAAACAUUAACAUAUUUAACUAAUUUUGGAUAUCUUCGGAUUCUAGUUUGGAUUUCGGUUCGGUUCGGGUUAUAACCAAACUCCAAAGUACUAAACUCAUAAGCCCUCUUCGGAUUUUCUUGUAUAAUAAUUCCGAUCCAGUUUCGGUUUUUCCGGUUCGGAGUUAGGUAGGAAUUUUGGAUUGCGGUAAAAACGCCCAGGCCUAUUGCUUGCUGUGUUAGGUAGGAGAAGAGAAGAUCAUGAAAACCCAAAACAUCAGAAGACGAACGUGUAUGUGUUGCGUUAUAUAUUUU